GCACUAUUUUGUAUGCAGCCUGGAACUUUUUCAAAUGCAUGGAGUGACCAAUUCAUAUUUUUAUAUGGUAGUAUGGUCCCAAUUUCUUCUAAAAAAAGGUGAAGUCCCUAUUCUACUGAUUUUUGUUUUUUUUGGGGUUUAAUUCUACUGAUUUUUGUUCGAGUCUAGAACACCCUACUCUACUGAUGGGCCAGAGUACAGUCCACCAGAGUCUCAGGGCCAGAGCCCACAGCCCGCAGGGCAGCCCACACCACCAUGUCCUCUCUUCCCCACAGUUUCCCCGCUUCCCUCCUCUCCACUCCCCCUCGCCGCGCCGUCACCGUCCGCCGCCUCCCCUCCUCCCCAUGGACACCCCGCCGUCCACCUCCGCCUCGGCCGCAACCGCGUCCGACCCGGACGCGGCACUCGUCGCGGCCGUGGCGGACGCGCUCGUAUCGGCGUCCCGCCUGCCCGCCCCGGUGCCCAUGCCCACCCUCCUGGCCGCCUACCUCCCGCGCCUCACCGCCUCCCACCACCCGCGCGUGCUCGCCGUCGCGGCCUCCAACCCGGCGCUCGCCUCGCCGGAGUCGCUCCUCGCCUACCGCAGCUUCCUCUCGCCGCCCUCCUGCCUGCCCUCCCUCCUCCCGCUCCUCCCCGUCCUCCCCUACCGCCACCUCUUCCCGCUGCUCCUCUCCUUCGUCCCGCUCGACCCGCUCCGCCACCUCCACCGGCACCUCCUCGGCCACCUCCCCUCGACCCCUCUCGCCGACGCCGCGCUCUGCGCCUACUCCCGCCUCCGCCUCCCCCACCUCGCCGCCCAGCUCCUCCACUCCCUCCGCCGCCGCAUCCGCGUCCGCCCCUCCCUCCAGGCCGCCAACGCCGUCCUCUCCGCGCUCGCGCGCAGCCCCUCCACCUCCCCGCAGGCCUCCCUGGACGCCUUCCGCUCCCUCAUCGCGCUCCGCCUCCACCCCAACCACUACACCUUCAACCUCCUCGUGCACACCCACUGCUCCAAGGGCACCCUCGCCGACGCCCUCGCCACGCUCUCCACCAUGCAAGGGUUCGGCCUCUCCCCCGACGCCGUCACCUACAACACGCUCCUCCACGCGCACUGCCGGAAAGGCAUGCUCGGUGAGGCGAGGACUCUGCUGGCGAGAAUGAAGAAAGAGGGGAUCACGCCCACGCGGCCGACGUACAAUACCCUUGUGUCGGCUUACGCGAAGCUGGGGUGGAUUAAGCAGGCGACCAAGGUCUUGGAGGCCAUGACGGCCAACGGGCUGGAGCCUGACCUGUGGACGUACAAUGUGCUUAUCGCUGGGCUGUGCCAGGCAGAGAAGGUGGAUGAGGCGUUUAGGCUGAAGGAUGAGAUGGAGCGGCUCGGCACUUUGUUGCCUGAUGUAGUGACCUACAAUACACUCGCUGAUGCGUGCUUUAAGUGGAGGUGUUCGUCUGAUGCACUGAGGCUGCUCGAGGAAAUGCGUGAGAAGGGGGUGAAGCCGACUUUGGUCACACAUAACAUUGUUAUCAAGGGGCUUUGCAAGGAUGGGGAAUUGGAGGAGGCGUUGGGGUGUUUCAAGAAGAUGGCAGAUGAAGGUUUAGCACCAGAUGUGAUCACGUAUAAUACGUUGAUUGAUGCAUACUGCAAGGCUGGCAAUGUCGCCAAAGCAUUUGCACUAAUGGAUGAGAUGGUCGGUAGGGGACUCAAAUUGGACACCUUCACGCUUAAUACCGUGCUAUAUAAUCUGUGCAAGGAGAAGCGUUAUGAAGAGGCUCAAGGGCUGCUACAAUCUCCAUCCCAAAGGGGUUUUGUGCCCGAUGAAGUCAGCUAUGGCACAGUGAUGGCAGCCUACUUCAACGAGUAUAAUCCGGAGCCUGCUCUGCGUCUGUGGGAUGAGAUGAUUCAGAGGAAGUUGACACCAACUAUUUCGACUUACAACACAUUGAUCAAGGGGCUUGGCAGAAUGGGGAGGUUGAAAGAGGCGAUUGAUAAGUUGAAUGAGCUCAUGGAGAAGGGGUUGGUACCAGAUGACACCACGUACAAUAUCGUCAUCCAUGCCUACUGCAAGGAAGGGGACUUGGAGAAUGCCUUCCAGUUCCACAACAAGAUGGUGGAAAAUUCCUUUAAGCCAGAUGUUGUUACUUGCAACACUUUGAUGAAUGGACUGUGUCUGCAGGGGAAGCUUGACAAAGCAAUGAAGCUCUUUGACUCAUGGGUAGAGAAAGGGAAGAAGGUUGAUGUUAUCACAUAUAACACCCUAAUACAUGCUAUGUGCAAAAAUGGGGAUGUUGAUGCUGCUUUGCAUUUUCUCGCUGAUAUGGAGGUCAGAGGAUUGCAGCCUGACGCGUUUACCUACAAUGUUGUGUUAUCUGCACUAUCUGAAGCAGGGAGACCAGAAGAAGCGCAUAGUAUGCUGCAUAAGUUAUCUGAGAGUGGAAAAUUGUCUCAAAGCUUUUCUUCUCCCCUCUUGAAGCCUUCUUCUGUAGGUGAAACAGAGUCAGGGAAGGAUCACGAGGGUAAUACUGAGGAAGAAACUGGUGGAAAUCCACAAGAUAGUGCUCUGGAGGCCUACACGAAACGCGUAAAUGAGCUAUGCACCGGUGGGCAAUUCAAAGAAGCUAAGGCCAUUUUGGAUGAGAUGAUGCAAAAGGGAAUGUCUGUUGACAGUUCAACGUAUAUAACUUUGAUGGAAGGGCUUAUCAAGAGGCAGAAAAGGCAAACACAUGCAGCUGGGUAGUACAUACCAUUGAUCUUUGCUGCUCUUUGAUGUGGCAUCAGCCGGAGUUUAGUCAUAAAUCUGGUAAAUUUGAGUGCUUGAUAUCUCGGAGGAGUGUGAUGGACAUAAAAGAAGCAGCAAAUUCUAGUCCGCGUUCAGUGAUGUUGGGUCUUUGCUUAGAAGAAAAUUGAUCAUCAUUGUGAGUUGUUAAUAUGCGAGAAUUACCCUCUGUCCCUCUGCGAAAGCCCGAGAAGUUCACGGUGAACAAGAUGGCUGAAGUGCUCAAAUGUAAUGAGUGCAUCAUACUCCAGUUUUCAACCUGUCAUGAUCAUACCUAAAUAAGAAGGAAUGAAUUAGUCUGCUUCAUAGAAAGAUGGCUUAACCACUCUUUUUCUGUCCCUCGUGAAGAAAGGAGCCAAGCAUAGGACACUGCUGUAUGGUCACGCACGGCCCACGCAGUGGACUAUGGGAAGGUAGAUACACAUACCUCUCAUCAGCUCAUUGUAAUUUUCAGUGGACUAUGACGGCCGUUCCACAGCUAAGUUUACUGCCACAUGGUACUGCUUUUGUUUCUGUGUUCCGUGACCGAGUGACUGGUACUUCUGCAUUCUUUUUGUCAAUGCGAGUAGUGGCCACUACUAUACUGUGAUGUGACUGUGACUUGGAAUUUGGAAGCUUCAGUCAACUUCUUAUGGCUUGAGACGGCCGGUAUUUUAUAUCGGGCCUACUCAUACUGUGUCGUCUUUGCUGAUCUUAUGGGCCUGUUCAUAAGAAAAAACAAGUGUUAAUUUGAUUCGCACUUUGGAGAGAAGCGUUCAGGUUCAUUUGAUACCUACAACGGAAGUUGAGAACUUGAGGCGAGGUGCUUCCUUACUUACUCGCCCUUGACCGACUACGGAGGGAAGAGAUUCCAGGCGAAGAAUGUUGGCAUAUUGUUGAA